AUGAGGCUUUUGGGCAUGUUUCUUAUGAAGUCAUGUGGAGAGUUUUCGGGGAGGAAAUGGAACAUACAAGACGUAUUCGCAGUGGUUAUGUUUUUGGCUUUGCAUUGCCUUUGUGCACUUGCGCCCUUUCAUUUCAAUUGGCCUGCAUUUUGGGUGGCCAUCACUUUGUACAUUGCAACGGGUUUAGGAGUCACUCUGUGUUACCAUAGAAGUCUUGCACACAGAAGUUUUAGGCUUGCAAAAUGGCUCGAGUACUUCUUUGCCUAUUGUGGCGUUCUAUCACUCCAGGGUAGUCCGAUUGAAUGGGUGAGUAAUCAUCGGUACCACCAUCAGCUUACUAACACAAAGAAGGAUCCUCACAGCCCGAGACAGGGUUUAUGGUAUGGUUACAUAGGUUGGAAGCUUGAUAUCAGUCGUCUCUCUCUCUCUCUCUCUCGAUUAAAGAACGUUGAAGAUUUAAGAAAGCACCCCUUUUAUAGGUUUCUCCAUCGUACUAACUGUAAUAAGGGUGAAAAACGCCUUUAA